CGUCAUAAGACGGCGCCGUGCAGAUGAAGUGUCGCUGGAGGAGAUGAAGAGUUGACGAACAUCUCACGCAGCCGACGCCUCAGACGAGACCUGAAGACGAGCGAGUGAACAACAGGCUCCUGUUGAUAAUGAGUCGUGAUGAAGAGACCGAAGCUUGCCGGAGUUUCCCUCUUCGUCGGCUGCCUGCUCGUCUUCCUCAUGUUCGACAAGCGUCACUUCAGCUUCUUGAAGCCUGACGUGGUCGGACCGCCGCCCCCCCGCCUGGCCCCCUCGGACCGGACCGGAGACGCCGCGGCGCCCUCUGAUGCCGGACCCGGUCUGCGGUACGGGAUCAUGUUCGACGCCGGCAGCACGGGGACGAGAAUCCACGUCUUCACGUUCCAGAUGGAACACGGAGAAGCUCUGUCUCUGGCCCACGAGAUGUUCCGAGCCAUCGAGCCCGGCCUGUCGUCCUACGCCGACGAGCCAGAGCAGUGCACGUCAGGGAUCACGGAGCUGCUGGACGUGGCCAAGUCCAGCGUCCCCCGAACGCUGUGGAACAUCACGCCCGUGGUGCUGAAGGCCACAGCAGGGCUCCGCCUACUUCCUGGAGAGAAGGCCGACCACCUGCUGGCCAAUGUGAGGGCGCUGUUUCUCCAGUCUCCCUUCCUGUCCAGAGACGACAGCGUGUCCAUCAUGGACGGAACUGACGAAGGGAUCUCAGCCUGGAUCACAGUCAACUUCCUCACAGGCGGUCUUCAUGGUGCUGGCUCGCCCACUGUGGGGAUGUUGGAUUUGGGGGGGGGGUCGACUCAGAUCACCUUCAGUCCUCAGGACGAGAAAACCAUCCAGACCUCACCAAUCGAUGACAUCAGAUCCUUCCAGAUGUUCAACACUACACACACCGUCUACACUCACAGUUAUCUGGGUCUCGGGCUGAUGUCGGCUCGUCUCGCCGUCUUAGGCGCCGUCGACCGCUCGUCCCUAGGGGGCAGCACUGAGCUGGUCAGCCCCUGCCUUGCUCCGGAGUACUCUGGCAGCUGGGAGCACGCGGACGUGGUCUACACUGUGAAGGGACAGAAGGCAGGAGAACCGGGCUACGAGGCGUGUCGCAGCAAGGUGGAGAAGGUUCUGUACCGGAAGGUGACCCGGCCGGCCGAGGUGGCCGACGUGGAGUUCUACGCCUUCUCGUACUACUACGACCGAGCCGUCGACCUCGGAGUGAUCGAGGAGAAGAUGGGGGGAACCAUCAAAGUGUCGGACUACAUGGAUGCAGCUGAAAGAGUGUGCGGGGGGGCGUCGGUCCCGGGGGGGGGUCCGUUCCUGUGUCUGGACCUGGUCUACGUGUCCGUCCUCCUGCAGCAGCUCGGCUUCCCGCCUCACAAGCACCUGAAGCUGGCGAGGACCAUCAAGCAGGUGGAGACCAGCUGGGCUCUCGGAGCGACGUUCCACUACAUCGAGUCCCUGAAGGGAAACUGACCUCUGACCUCCUUGACCUGUGGCUCUCAGCUGACAGUGGGCGGAGUCAGUGGUACCUGCUCGCCACCUGCAGCUGUCAGGCCUCACUACUGCACCUGGGUCACGUGACCGCUCUGACCGUCCAAUCACACGCUGCUUCCUGUUCAGGUGGAUCCAGCCUUGUUUUCUGACCUCGUGGAAACACUCCGACCCGGGAUCCGGUUUCAUGUUCUGGGUUUUAACGAUUUAUAGUGUUUGAAUGUUUUUGUGCCAAAAGUAAAAAUUAUCAAGUAACUUCAGAAGAGAGAAACUUUUCUGAAGCUGAAUGUUUGUUUUUAAAAGCUCUGGUGGGUGAAUUCAACUUUAUAUCAUGAAGUCUCGUCCUUCAUAACUUCUGUCUUUAAAUAAAGUUUAUUUAAUCAAC